CUGCUUUGUUCCUUAAUUACAUUUUGCUGACAAAGUCAGGUGAACCUUUCAAAACCUGCAAUACGCCCUAAAAGGGAUUAUUUCCUGAUUGUGACCAUCUUCGACAUCAGAGAAAAUACUUUGAGACACAAAGAAGCCAUGGCAUUCCAGUCUACUGUUGUUACCUCGCAACCCACCCAGUACACAGUAACAACUGGACGUUCUUCAGACUGGAGUACAAAUGUGUGCGACUGCUGUGAUGACUGCGGCAUCUGUCUAUGUGGAGCAUUUAUCCCAUGCAUCCUUGGUUGUAAAGUGGCUCAGGAUAAUGGGGAUAGCUGCUGUCUACCUUUCCUGCCAGGUGCCAUGAUUGCUUUAAGAACAAGCAUACGCAGCAAAUACAACAUUGAGGGCUCUGUGUGUGACGACUGGGUGGUCAUGGCCUGCCUGCCUUUAUGUGGACUGUGUCAGAUGGCGCGAGAGCAGAAGAUGAGAGGUUAAACAGAUUGCUGAUUAAUUUUUAAAUAACUGUAAGAACAAAAUAAAAAAGAGAAAAUUAGCAUUGUGAAUGUAAUUUAAGAAAAAAUAAAGACAUUUAAUGCUUUUUACCUUUUUAAUAUAAACAUAUCUUGUAUUACGUUAACAUUUCUUACUAUUAUACAUCUACUUUAUAAGCUGGGAACUGUAAAUGAUCUAAAGUGAAGGCAGAAAAACAGAAAGUUAAAACUAAGCUAAAAGAUCUUACAAACCUUAUACAGUGACAGUGUUGAAUAAACAAUAAAAAAGACAAAUAAAAGAUAAUGUCAUUUAAAGCAGUCCUGGUCCUUCAUUUUGCAGAAUAGUUAUGGACAAUUAAACAUAUAAAGAUUUAAAAACAUUAUUGUGAACUAUAUUUUAUUUAAUUAUGUUUCUGUAGUGCACCACGUUUUCUUUACAGCAAUGUUUUGCACUUUUUGUAUUCACUUGUACUUGCACAAUCGCUGGUAUUUCAA